AUGUCGUACUACGGUAACGGAGGAUACAAUCCAUAUGGAGCCUACGGGAAUGUUCCACCGCCAGUCUAUGGAACACCUGGUUUAGCACCACCAACUGUUCAUGUCCAUACAGAUGGAGGGCAUCACCAUGGUCACCACCACCACCAUCAUAGUUUCCUCCAUGAACUUGGACAUGCGCUAACUGGACACCAUCAUCAUCAUCAUGGCCAUCAUUUUGGACAUCACCAUCACCAUCAUCACGGACAUCAUUAA